UAGCAGAAACUUCGUAUAUAGAAAGAAAAAUUCUCUCCCAAAUUAGUUAAAUAUCUGAUAAGUUUAGCUUCAUUCUGCGUUUCAAUCGAUACGUAAACUGAUCUAAAUGGAUCGAAACUCUGCUAAAAUUUAGCUAAAGCUUAAACAAUUUCUGAUUCUUGCUUGAAAAACAUUUUGAGUCUCUUCUGAUUUAGUAGAGCUAAUUAAAUUGAGCAGAUAUGACUGAGGUAGUACAGCCUGAAGUUUUUCGCCAAAGAGAUUUACUGUUUCGAGUGCGUAGAACUGUCAUGGAACUAUUGAAGGAUCGGGGCUAUGUUGUUCCAGAUUCAGAGAUUGAAAUGACAAAAGAGCAGUUCAUUGAAAAGUAUGGAAAAAUCUUCAAAAGGGAGGACCUGGAUUUCUCUCGAUCCAAACACAAUGAUCCCUCGGACAAGAUAUGCGUUUUUUUCGUUGAUGAUAAAGAUGGAAAAAAAAUUGGGAAAAAAAGAGUUGAAGAGUACAAAGAUCGCAUGAAACAAGCAGGUGCGUCCAGGUCUAUAAUGAUAUUGUCUAGGGCACCAUCUCCAAUGGCAAAGAAGGAAAUGGAGUUGCACAAGCCUGCAAUUCAUGUCGAGGUUUUUCUUGAUCAAGAACUGAUGUUCAAUAUAACAAAGCAUUUCCUUGUUCCAAAGCAUCAGGUUCUCUCUGCUGAUGAGGUGAAGAUUUUGGUGUGCCGCUACCAUUUAAAGCUUUUACAGCUUCCACGGAUUCAAGUUAAUGAUCCAGUAGCUAGAUACUUCGGCCUUGUUCCUGGACAGGUCCUGAGGAUCAGCCGGUCAAGUGAAACUGCUGGCAAAUAUGUUAGUUACAGGGUUGCUGUAUAAAGCUAUAAGCUCAUCUCUACACUAAUGAGUUCAUUUUCCUUGGAUGAUUAUAUGGAACUGUUAUAUUUGACCAAGCUAAAAACCAAAGGCAUGAGCUAUUCUUACAAACACCAUUCUCAAAUACUGGCCCACUUCAAGUCUAAACUAAACCUCAUCUGAUAAAUUUAGAUAAAUCUGAGCCAUUUUUCUUUGUAACCCAUCUAUCAUGAAAUGCAUUUCUGUUAUUUUUUGGAAAA